GGUGUCACGGGGGGAGCUCAUAAUGGUAAUAUGUACAGCUGCAAUGUUUAAUCGAUUACUUUAUAUUUUAGAUAUUUUUAUUUUUUCAAAAAACUUUUGAUCAAGUGAAAUGCUGUGUGUCUAUAUCGGAUUCAUUUUGGAUUGAGAGAAGAAAAAUAAUUGGUAGGUGGAUGUGUACAUCCUUACAUGAGUUUGGGGGGAAGUAGUACAGUUAGAUUUUUUUUUUUGGUGGAGAUCUCUGUUAUCGUUGGGUGGUUUCAAUAGUAGUCCUAGUCAGAGUAGACCCAUUGAAGUUAAUAGACAUGACUUCCUUAGGUUCAUUAAUUUCAGUAGGUCUUCUCUGAGUAGGACUUAGUUGAAUACAACCCUAUUAUUGUAUUAUUCUUCAACUUUGGGUCUCCAGAUUUCUUGGACUAUAACUCCCAUCCUCCCCAGCCAGCUUAGCCACUGGUCAAGGGUUCAUGGGAGUUGUAAUCCAACAACAUCUGGGGAACCAAAGUUGAAGAACGCUGUUAUUGUUGGAAGUGGAUUAGAAUUGGAAUAUGCACCCACAUGUGGAUCUCUGCUUAACAUCAUAUUCGCUCUCAAUGAGGUGCACAUUCGAAAGGGAAAUUAGUCAGUAUGCAUAUGGCAGCUCACUGCAUCAAUGCACACUGAUUUGAAUAUCUACUUUUCAGAGGAAAGAGAGAGAAGAAGCCUGACUGAGCAGUAAUUUAGAAAAGCAAAGAUAGCCAAGGCCCUUGGCAGACUUUCCACAUCUAGCCAAGAGCAUGGGGAUUCAAAACAAGAAACUGUAUUUAUUUAUUUAUUUUUAAUUGGUUUUGUGUUUUAUUCUGUAAGUCACCCUAAGAACAUCUUGUGUUGGGGUGGCCUCAAGAUGCCAUUAAAAUAAGUAAAUUUAAGAAUCCGCUAGACCUGACCUUCCUUACCACCUCUAGCAGGCUGUGUACCUUUCCAUGCCCCCUGCUUCCUCCCUCCACCCACCCUCCCUGGUUCCAGUUAGAUAACCUUAGACACUGAACAGUCUUUUGGGGGCACCUUUGCUCACUUCAAAAUGUGAUGCAUCCACUCUGCUGCAUUUGGGGAGCCUGUUUUCAUUCUGCUGGGGGGUGGAGAAUGGACUUCUGUCCCUUCCUUUGAGGGCAUCACUGCCUUCUGCAUGAGCAGGACUGUGUUUUAUUUAUUUAUUUAAUGCAGCAGGGGGGAGCUUUUUUCAGUCCAAGGGCCACAUUUCCACAUGGGCAACCUUCCAGAGUCCACAUACAUCACUCUCCAUCUGGGCAAGUGAGAGGUGUUGCCAUGACAGUUCAAGAACAUAACCCAGCCAGGUAAAACCACUGGAGAAAGGUGCAGAGCAUAGGCAGGGAGGUGGAAUCCCAAUGGCUGGAUAGGGAGGCCUGCAUUCAGCCCCUUGACCCGAGGUUCCUUACCCCUAAUUUGAUACAUGAUGCCCACCUUCUUCAAAUGCAGAGAGAUUUACAGAGCAGCUUACAAUACAAAGUUUACAAGCUAGUAAUAACAGGCCAAAACUAGACAUACUGCUGUUUUUGGGUGCAGUCUUAUUUCACAGGCUAGAAACAGUUUUAAUAUUCAAUAAUAAAAGACAAGACUUCAAAACCAUACAAGAUUCUAAACACCUGAAGCAAAACACAUUGAAUAAAAGGCUGUGACCCAGUCACCUAAAAAGCAGAGAUUUCAUUUUAUUUUUUUAAAAAAGAAAAGAAAUAAAAGGGCCUAGAAAAAUAAUGCAUUUUUCACCAGCUGCCAAAAGCCAAUAAGCUUUGUACCAGUUGAAGCUCCCUGGUGGAAAAAAACAAAUGAGAGAUGGGGUGCCACCACAGAGGAGGCCUCUCUUUCUGGUUACCACCUGCCUAACCUCUGACAGGGAUGGGACUCUGAGAUUACUCCUAAGGUACAAAUCAAGCUCACUUAAAGUGGGAAGCAGGUCCCAAGCUGUUUAAGGGUUUAACUGCAUUCCUAUAUAACAACAUACCUAUUUACUCAGAAGUAAAUCUCACUGUUCAAUGGGGUUUAUUUCUUACUAAGUGUGCUUUAGGACUGUGGCCCUAAUAGUCUACGCUAACAGACUCUCAUUCAUUCUUCAGCAUGGUGCUAAUUCAUACACAGAAGUUGAGAAUUUUGUCCGAAUUUUAUUUGUGGCCCACUCAAUCUGCCCAUUCAUGGCCCUUGCAUAGCUAAAACUAUCAGACUCAUGCAUAAUCAUAGUAUUUAACAACAGGAACAAGAACUUACCCAAGAAUUAUGUUCCCGAAGAACAUAAAAGAGCCCUGUUGGAUCAGCCCAAGGGUCCAUCUACUCCAGCAUCCUGAUUCCACAGUACUAACCAGAUGCCCACAAGCAGGACCUGAGUUAUAACAGUGCUCACCCCACUAGUGGUUCCCAGCAACUGGUAUUUAGAGACUUAGGCAGAGCAUAGCCAUUGUGGCUAAUAGCCACUGAUAGCUUAUCCUCUAUAAAUUUGUCUAAUCUCCAUUCUAUUUAUUUACUUAUUUAUCACCAUUUAAAAUCAUCCAAGUUGGUGGCCAUCGCUACAUCUUGUGGGAGAACUCUGCUUGAGUUCUCUCUUGUCGGUUGGGUAGUGACUGCUGAUUACUAAAUGGGUCUUUCAGAGAGCCAGUGUGGUGUAGUGGUUAAGGUGUUGGACUAUGACCUGGGAGACCAGGGUUUGAAUCCCCACAUAGCCAUGAAGCUCGCUGGGUGACCUUGGGCCAGUCACUGCCUCUCAGCCUCAUGAAAACCCUCUUCAUAGGGUCGCCAUAAGUCAGAAUCGACUUGAAGGCAGUACAUUUACAUGUAGAGAUCCUUCACCUCUAGGGGGCAUCAGUGCUAUUCUUGCAGCAAUCAACACUAUCCUCAGCAGUUUCCUGGGCUCCCUUGUGGUGCACCUUGAGUAGAGUUCCUCAAGCAACUUUGCACUGCAUUUUUUAUAGACUGGCCUUCCUUAUGUGUCAUGUGUGAACAGUUUUACCUACCCCUUUCACAACCCAAUGAUAAUGCACCUCUGGAAACGGUCAGGGGUCAAGAAUAUAACUGCCCCUGGUGCAUGUAGCUGAGCACACUGAUUCUGAUGCUAGACAGCUAGAUGUUUCUGGAAAGCUCACAAAUGGCGUGUUCAUCAGGAAUCACCAACCAUUUUAAGCCCAUGGAGACAUUUGGAUUUUUGAGUGAGUGCCAUGGAUGCCACCCCUCUGGUCACUUUUCUUCCUCCUCCCCCAAUCAGCUCCCCUAAGACAGAGGAGGAGAAAAAGCAUGCACUGAUUUUCAAGGGGAGCUAGUAAAAUUUGCAUUGAGUAGAGUUAAUCUGAGCCUUGAAAAACACAGAGAGCUAUAAGAGCAUCACUCUUCUUCUGCUCUGUACUUUUCAAGGGUGAAAAAGGAAACCUCCCUCAUCACCAAAGGAGCAGGGGAGGGGGAAGUUAGAGGUGUUGUGAGCACCAGGGGAAGACCUCAAGGGCACCAUUGCGCCCAUGGGUGCUGUCAGCUCUUCACUGAGACAGCAGUGUCGGUGGGGGUGCAGGCAGGGCUGGAGAUUCCUUGGUAAUUGCCAGGCCGUAAGUCCUCAGCCAGCAGCUUGGCUAUAAAUCUGCCAGGCUAGCAAGGAGGAAGCAAGAUAAGGGCAGAGGCCGUUCAAAGCUUACGUGCCAAGGGGUCAGUCCAAGAUAAGAUUCAGGGAAACUAGAAACACACAAAGCCACACCUGACAUUGUAGUCAGCAACAAGCUGAAGCCAAGGUUUGACUUUUAAGGAGCAGGUUUGUCAGCAGGUGUGAGUCCUCAGCGUUUUGGCCUUAAGUGGACAGGCCUGCCCCUCUUCUGCCUGACCUUCUGCUGACUACGUCCUGCAGGUGAGGGGGGAGUAUCCUGUUCACUGGCUGCGUCUGGCUGAAGGGCUUCAGUUGUGUCUGGGGUGCUCUGCAGCUGAGGGGGAGAAGGAGCUGGGUUCUCAGGAGUUUCCUCCAUUUCUCCUUCUGGGUCUGCUGCUUCUGGGUCUGCUGGUGUUACUCCUGAGUCAUCCUCGUCUGAUGAGUCCUCUGACGGGGCCAUGACAGUAUAGACAUUUUUUACUAUGACUCUAACGCCGAGAGAGAUGGUCCAGUUUCCUGCUUUCUUGUGGAAUUUGGAUGUUCUGACUGCAUGAAAGGAAGAAGGGGAAAAAAGCACUCAGAAGAUGAAAUUUUGCCAACCAAUUUCCCCAAGAGAGGCAGCACUUAAUCAGGCUUUUAUGCACAGCUGCUGCCCAAGCCAGGCAAAGGGAUGUGACUGGUGGCUUUUCACUGUCACUGGUGACUUUUAUAGUGCCAAAGCUACAGAUGAAGUAAAUGUUAACAGUAGCUUGGUGAGAUGGUGUGGGAAACAUUGGAGGCUUGUGAAUUCAGGAAAGAGCCUGGCAAACAUUUUUUGGGAGGAAAAAAGGAACAGAGAUCUUUUCACUCCACCAGUGCUUCUAGCUUCAAAGGCUGAGUAGCGUUGGAUGUCUAUAACUUCAAGUUCUAUACGCAGUCGAUGUGUAUAAGCAGACCACAAUCUUGGGGGGAAAUUAGAUUGAACUCUUUGAUGGGAAGUUCUCGAAGCAUUUGGAAACUGUACACUGAAGCAUAGAUCGUUGACAAGAGGCAAGCAAGUCACAUUAUCCAUAGGUAAGGACUUGGCGUCGAUCACAAAUGGCUUCUUUUUCAUUGAACAGUUCCAUUGGAAAUGAUACAGAGAAUGAUGAAGAACCUUCUUUUUCCUUAUUUGACAUUUCAGUCUUGGUGCCAGUGACGAUCAUUUGCAUCCUCUUGUUCUUCUUGGGCAUCGCUGGGAAUGUGACCAUUAUAUUAAUUUUUAAGAGAUACAAGGAAAUGCAGACAACAGUUAAUAUGUAUUUAUCCAGCAUGGCUUUGUCCGACAGUCUGAUCUUCCUUGGCCUGCCUUCUGAUUUGUACAGAAUUUGGAAAUACAAGCCCUAUAUCUUUGGCAAUUUUCUCUGCAAAUUUAUCUUCUACCUCAACGAAAGCUGCACUUACUGCAGCAUCCUCCACAUAACCACAUUGAGCAUUGAGAGAUAUUUUGCCAUCUGCUUCCCUUUGAAAGCCAAAGCAACCAUCACGAAAAGCCGGGUCAGAGGCAUUAUCCUUCUAAUAUGGUUCUGCUCAUUGGUGACCGCCAUCCCAAUCCUGUUUCUCUUUGGCGUAGAACACCGCAAUGGGAGCCUCCCGGAGGAAACCAAUGAAUGCAAAUGCAUCGAAGAAGCUGCCCGUUCGGGACUGCUGAAAGCGAUGGCGUGGCUUUCCACCCUGUACUUUUUCCUACCUGUAUCUUGCUUAGUCUUCCUCUACGGGCUGAUAUGUCGAAAGCUCUGGGGAACUGCACAGAAACUGGAAGGGCAGCAUGCCACAACGAGGGAGAGGUACCACCGACACACUGUCAAAAUGCUCGCAGUGGUAGUCCUGGCCUUUGUGCUGUGCUGGCUUCCCUUACACGUCGGCCGGAUCCUCUUUGUCCAAGGAAGCACCGACCUCUAUGACAUCAGCCAAUACUUCAACCUCGUCUCGAUGCUGCUCUUUUACUUCGGAGCCUUUGUAAACCCAAUCCUUUACAACGUCAUGUCACAAAAGUACAGGAAAGCCAUGUGCAAGUUUCUGAACUAUAGCCAGGCUUGGCAGCCGAGGCACUUCAGCAGGAGCAACAAGACUUCUGUCGAAGGCGUGGAAAUCAGUUCUUUCCUGUGAAAUACUUUUGAAACAUUCAAGCAAAAAUGUACCUGCUGCAGAGGCUUGACAAAGAACAGUCCUAUGUAGUGCAUGAUAUUCACCUACCCCCUCAAAAAAACAAAAUAAAAAUACUAUUUCCACCCAAAGCCAGACCUGUCACUAAAGAUUUCAUCACAAAACCGAGAAGACUUGAAACAACAAACAAAAUAAUGGAAUAUAAAACUGCUACCGAGGAGACAGCAAUUCCUUUAUAAUUUUAACUUUUAAUUCUUUUAAAAGAAAGGUUCAUUUUCACAUGUGACUUGAUCAGUUGGAUUACAGCAGGGCAUCCCAAGAAUGGGAAAAAAAAGAGAAAAGAACCAACCAGUUUGAAUUUUUUUAAAAUGUUAUGUUAAGAAUAGUACAAAAACAUUUGCUCAGUUUGAGCCAAAUAGUGAAACAUUUAUCAUAAAUGCACUUUUUGUUCUCAUUAAAGACAAAAAAUUGCUGUGCUUUUCUUCUGAAAAAAAACGCGGCGGCGUUUUUCAAAUCAGAAGCACAGGGCGUUACUGUUCUCUCAGGCACUGAGAGUGAACUCUGGUUGGGCCAACAGUUGCUUACCAACGACAGAAAGCAUUUCAUUCAGAAAUGUAUAGUAUAGAAGGGGGAGCAUUUUGCCACGUUAUAUACCAAUGCAAAUCCCUCUGCAGGUAGACUAAUUUUGGUGCCUUGAGUGCUUUUGAUAAAAACCCUAAGAAUGCAGACACCUCCUACUACCCUUGGCUCUUGAAGUGAUAUUUAACUAUUGGAAUCCCAACGAUUAAAACAAGUGGAAAAAUAAAAGUAGCACUAUCACUAAAGUAGAAGCUGAUAAGAUUUUGGUUUCAUUUUUGUCUACAGUAUAAUAUCCGGUAUGCUCUAGCAAUGUUCUGCAAUACAGUACACUGUCCUAAGCUUAAGCAUCUUUGCUGCUGUCUCUCACCUGUGCUGAGACUUGGGCUGAAGAGGCUGAUCUUCCCCCAGCCCUUUCCCUGCUUUGCUGUACUUGAGAAUAAAGAUCUUACUCUGAGAAUUGUCUAGCUUUCUGAGAAUCACAAGUGCGUGUUAAGGCAGCUCUUUUUUUUUUUGGCUGUUUUGAACAGCUAACCCUGGUUAGAAGUUGCACAACAAUGCUAUAAUAGGGAUUUUCUUCUGUUCACUUCUCCCUCCAGGAAAGGAGGGUUGUGGGGGGAAGGGGAGAGGUUCUACCUACCCAGCCUCGCUAAGUCAGCAGCAAAAAUGGAAAUGGGAGUCUUAUACAAUCAUUCCCAGCUAGCAUUUUAAUUGGAAUUUACAUAAAUACCCAAGGCAUAAACUUCCAUAUGAAAAAUAAUAAGCUGAGUAAUGAAGUCAAUCCUCACAGUCACUCGCCUACUUGAUCACAAAGUACUGAAUGAUAACGGCAAACAAAAUGGCAACUAUUGCAAAGACGACGAGAAGCAGAAACGCAAACUGUUCAUCGCUGAGCGCCUUUCUCCUGCUUUUUGUGAGGUCAGGGCUGGUAUCUGAGGACAAUGAAACUAACUCCUGCUUCUGAGAUGAGAACACUGUGCUAGGACUAUAUGGUCCACACAGUUCUUGCAAUCCAGUGGAGUCCUGAUACUGGCGCCCAGCACACACCCUGAAUCGAUAUUCACAGUUUGUCUGCAUGUUGGUGAAAUGGAAUGAAGUCUCUGGUCCCUUGUAUACCUAAAG